GUGGCUGGUGCGCUCGCGGGCGCGUUCGGCGUUUCGGAAUGAAUUCCCCGUUAGCAACGUUAGUUCGACUGCGGGCGUGCGCCAGUAGGUUAGGUCAGGUAGGCAGCAGGCACCAUUCGAGAGACACGAGGAUUCUUUUUGAAGAAAGCUCGACGCUUACCUCAGGCGAUGCGUUGAAUAGUACAGGAGACACCAAGCUACCACAGGGCGAUAACACCGACGCCAUGGAUCCAGCGAACGUGCUGGCUGCCUUGGAUCCUGUGAUGACGAAGCACUGCGGAUCCGGCCACUGUCUUUCGGUCUGCAAGGUCGUCUUGGAUGGCCAGCAGUUAUGGAAGGCACAGGUUUCAGUCCUGUGGCCCAAACAACUGUCGGUCGAUGCAGUGACAUCCAAUAAAAAAGAAUCCAUCACGAUUGCUAGAGCCCGCAUGUGUUCGGCGCUGCAGGAGAUAGGUCUGCUUGACAACAUUAUUAAACAAGGGCCAGCCCUAGAAGCUGCUGGCGAACCUUGUCCUCUCAGAUCUUCUUCCAAAGGCACUUCACUGGUUCAAGAUCCGGCCCAGAAUGGGACACUGUCGCCCUUUCCAUCUGAGCGGCAGCCGUGCCACAAUGGUGCGCCAAUGCCACCUGCACCUACGCAGCUCCAUGGUGCACAGUUACGAGAAGUGGCGGGAGGAAAUGCCACGGCACCCAGUCAAAGACUGAAAUCGUGGUCUCAAAAGCGGGAGCUUGGUCGAUGCAAGUCCAUCUUGCACAACAUCUACGCACACGUCAGCAAGCUCAAGGAUGACAGAAGCCUAAUGCCUGUGUACCACUCAAACUUGUUCCAGGACAACGUUGCUCACUGGACGUCGAAGGUCGUGGUAAGGUGGCCGCGCGACUUGGUGUACGAAGGAAGUGCCCGGAACAAAUCCGAAGCGGAGGCAUUGGCUGCCAAAGCCCUAAUCCAAUAUCUCGUGACAAAAGGACACGUUGACAGUGACCUGAGCCCGAAGACCGCUUCAGACCAAGAAGUGCGACGCCACAAAAGCCAGCGGAUCGCUCCGGUUUCGGUAGUCCUGCCCGAAGCCUCGGUCCACAAAAUGCAAGAGCUGCUGACGGAGUUCGAGGCUCUCGUGGCCAGUGCGCCACGCCUUCACAACGAUGAUCGCGAGGACGAGGCCACCUACGCUGACGAGUUGCUGAACAAUGCGGGAGGUGGGGACAGAGAGUUGCACGACAUCAUGACCGGCCGAUUGCUCAGGUCACCGAACGGCUGCAAUACCCGCAGGGACCGUGAGCUUUUGUCCAAGGCUGAGAAGUCUUGGCUCUACAAGACCACGUACACCUACCAGCGGGCGAGGACAGAACUUCCAAUCUUUCCCUACAGGGAAGAGAUAUUGAGCACCAUCAAUCGGAGUCGAGUGGUUGUAAUCUGCGGCGAGACUGGGUCGGGCAAGACCACACAGGUGCCCCAGUUCAUUUUCGAGGACCAAGUGCGCGAGGGAGCAGGCUCUCUCUGUAACAUUGUGAUCACCCAGCCCAGGAGAUUCGCAGCCAUCUCCAUGGCAAAGCGGGUAGCUACGGAGCGGAGAGAAGAGUUGAGCGACACCGUUGGCUACCAGGUGCGAUUAUCUAAGCGGCUGCUGGCAACACGUGGAGGCAUGCUCUUCUGCACAGUGGGCAUCCUGCUGCGCCACUUGCAACACAACGGCGACCUGCAAGGAGUCUCGCAUGUCAUCGUUGAUGAGGUGCAUGAACGCGACGUUCGCACGGACUUCCUACUUGCUCUCCUUCGGGAGUUGCUGUCAUCAAACACCAGUCUCAAGGUGAUCCUCAUGAGUGCAACCAUCAACACCGAGAAGUUUUCCGAGUACUUCGACGACGCGCCCGUCAUCCAGAUUCCCGGAAGAACGCAUCCAGUCACCCAGUUCUUUCUGGAAGACCUCAUUGCGGAAAACAUCAUUACCAAAGCGGCCUUGGAAAAGUGCCGUGACGACUCAAUCAAAAUUGUGCCAGACGUUUUGGCGUACCUCAUGGAGAUGAAGCCGCCUGGUGCGAUUCUCUGCUUCCUGCCCGGCUGGAACGAGAUCAACAAGGUGCGGACGGAGCUGUGCAAGCGAGCGCCGCCUAAGUUCCACGAAUGGAUUUUGCCUCUACACUCGCGUCUCCAGUACCAGGAGCAGCAAAAGAUCUUCGCAAAUCCACCAUCAGACGUGCGCAAGGUGAUCCUUUCCACCAACAUCGCCGAGACAUCCAUCACAGUCGAGGAUGUGACUUACGUAGUGGACACGGGCCUGCACCGCGAGCAGCGGUUUAACCCAUCCACAGGUGUGUGCCUUCUCGGCACCUUCCCAACGUCCCAAGCCAGCGUCCGUCAACGGGCGGGUCGCGCGGGCCGUGUGCGGCCCGGUGAAUCUUACCACCUGUUCACUCGGGAUGUGUUGAGCACGUGGGACGAGUUCAAGCGACCCGAAAUACAGACCAUCGACCUGACCAGAGUGGUCCUCGACGCCAAGCUUUACUGUCCACACAUGUCCGUGGAAGACGUGCUGUCGCUCGUUCCGGACCCGCCUACUCCGGAGAUGAUCACCAAGGCCAUCAAAGACCUUCAAGACAUGGGCCUGAUGAACGACAAUGCGCAACUGACUGAUCUGGGCCACCACGUCUGUCACUUUGCGACGACACCACAGUUGGCGAAGGCUGUCAUCUAUGGCGCAUUGUUCGGGUGCCUGGACAGCGUGGUGUCGACUGUGUCACUUCUGGCUGAAGCCUCAAACCUGUUUGCCAUCAAACGCACCUCGAACAGUGCCAGCCGCAGCAAAGAUAUCAAACGCUGCUACGACACAGUAGGAACGAGUGACCACAUGGCGCUCUCACACAUUUUUUUUCGCUGGAACCAACUCAUGCCGGGAGCUGAGCAGCAGUCAUUCUGCCAGCGCAAUGAGCUGAGCUCGUAUGGCCUGGACGUCGGCAAGGGCAUGGGGGACGAUCUUGUGAACACCCUCAGGAGAGUGAUGGCCGGGAUUGACACCUCGUCCCAGCCGCCUGCCACGAAGCACUGGGGCCUCGGUCUCAACAACCGCCGCGACGACAGGCAGCUGGUCUUGGCAGCGCUCACUGCCGGCUUGUACCCGAAUGUGCUUCGAGUGUUGCGGGGCAAGAUAAAGAAAAACCAGAUCAUGCGCGAAGGAGUCGAGUUCGCCUGCCUGGACCAGAAGCUGGCCGCGAUAUCAGAGGACUCGCUACUCCACAGAACGCCGCCAGUGUACGAGCACCCGUGGUUGAUAUACUACAGCGCAUUGCAGCCCUCGGCGUACCAGCGCACUACCGUGUACGACUGCAGCAUGGUCACAUCACUACAUGUGCUGCUGUUCUCCGGUCUUGGCACUCAUAAGAAGGAGGGUUACCUCUUCGACGCACACACAAACCAAGGGGACACCGACCAAGGGUGCUUGGUUGUUGAUGAGCAGCGACUGCUCACAUUCCGGUGCUCCGAGCGAGAUGCCGAUCUCAUCUGGCGGUGGCGCCGCAUGAUCGACUACAUCAUUGACCUGCACAUCUCGAUGGAACAGUGGGAAGCGAACGGUCCAGAGGAGACCCUUCUGCGGUGUGAACUGUGGCCGAGGAUAGUGGACGCCACGUCGAGUCUCUUGUCACACUGUUCGUCAGGGGAUGCGUGAACAACCACGUCGAAUGGACUACAAACGCUCACCGAGCCACCAAGUGCGUGCGGUACCAGCAAGAGUCUCAUGGCCCAACACCCGAGUGCCUUCUUUUUUUUGUUCUGCUCCCUAAGUUUUUUUUUUUCAACAUGAACAUGGUGUAGUCAUGUCACAAUUGCCAUUGUUCCAAAGGGACAUUGAACUUGUGAAGGAAUGUUAAAAGCCCUUUUCAUUUUUUCAGUGUCUGCAGUUUUUUUUUUUCACAUCGAGCCGUAUCGUAAGAACUAGCUAGUAAGAAAGACAACGGCAAGGCUUCCUAUGCACCAAAUUCGCUUGUCUGUAAGGUGAAUCUUGUCAUCAGUGAAACCGGAGAUGUCGGGUACUUAUGCCUUUUAUUUUUUUCAUUCUGUUAGCUUUUGGCAUUUUGCAUUGAAAUAAUUUAUUGCUUCAUUCUCACUUUUUUGGUACUUUAGCUUGUUGUCAUCAGUUCGAAUGAAAUUGUUGCUAGAGCCAAUUAGUACUCUACAUGCUUUUUUUUUUUCAUUUUCAUCAGCUGCACCCAGUACGGUUGUAGUGCUUCCUGCAAAAAGCACUGUUUGCUUCACCACAUUACAAUUGCUUGACGAUGGGUUGCCAUACAAUGAAACUGUAUUGCUAUUUUGUUAGUUCCUGUGCUUCACGCUCAUAACACUGUUUUAAUUGCUACAUAGUGUUUUGCCACCAAUUAAGUGAAAUUGCAGUGGGAGUUCUCGUUUACAUUUUUUUUUUGUCCAUGACUGCAUCUCUUUGUGACAUAGACCACAGCCUUCUGUGUGCUAAGCUAUAAAGGGCCGAAUAGUACCGGUGUCGCACGGUCACUUCUGAUUGUGAUUGGGCCCGAUCCGAGUCAUAUUUCUCAAUCGCGAUUGGGAGCCAAUCACCGCUGAGAAAUUCGAUCCUGGUCAUGCUUAAGCGGAUCAGCUGUGCACCAUGUGGCACUGGUAUUAUUUCACUCUCACUUCCUUGUCAAAUCAUUCUUGUCAUCAGUGGAAUUGCGGAAAUUGAUUGAUUGGUUUAAAGCUUAGCACACUUGUCAUUCGUUUUUGUUUUCUCAUUCUCAUAGGCUGUAGACCAGCAGUGUGCAGUUCAUAUUGUGUUAAGAAGAUAUGUGUCAUAGUUUGUUCUUGUCCUUUCAACAUACGUGUUGUGUUUGAACACAAGCAUUGCUCAGUACCUAUAGUUCCGUAGCUGUGCCACAUACAGAUUUUUAACUGCUCGGACGAGUUAAGACGAUCAUUUAGCUAAAUUUUGCCCCUGUUCACUUGAUGUUGUGCAAACAAGACUGCUUGUGAGCCUUUGCACGGUGCCUUCACAGAAGAUUGUUCCAGUCUCGCCAACACCAGUUGUGCUUUCUGCAGUCUUUCACAAGAUCUUGAAGGCACCCAGAUGGAUUCUGUUGAGCCACUUGAAACACUUGGAACACAAACUUUUUGUGUGUGUCAAACGAGGCUGUUGCUACUAUUAAAAACUAACAAUCCUUAAGCAUGAGUCGCGGAGGCGUGCAACGCUGCGCGAUGGUAACAUUGUCCCUCCUGUGGCAACACUCGCCGCAUUCUCCUCUGAGAGCAAACACCGGUGACAUCCGCAAGUGCUCUCAACGUCACCCAGCGUCUAGUCUUUCAAGAGAGUGAAGAGAACACAGUCUCGUGACGAGCGUUGAUGGAUGUCGUUACGGUGAUGUGACAAGUGUUCAAAGUCUGGCCUUAAGAGUGCGUAUAGCUUUCUACAAGCUUAGCUUACGUUCGUUUCCAAGGAGGUGUGUGUACUGCGAAGUCCCUUUGAAGAAAUUGGCUUAAGCAGUUUCAGUUUACAGUGAUCCUACUGCAAUGCAAGUCGAGACCAACAAAGAAAAGCCAAGCCUGUCAUUUUUGUAGUUUCGUGUACAGCUUUCUUCUAGUCGAGUAGUUUUUGGCAAAACGGGCAGGGGAAAUCGCCAAGUUGUGUGGCCAUUCGGGCAUUGCCGCUCUAGCCAAUCGGCGGGCAAUGAAACGGACAGUCGUGUACUAGUGGACUUGCGCAGGACACGCCCUAGACCGCUGUCUUGUGUGGCGAUUAGCUGCGUGCCAACAAAUUACUUUCAAAGUGAAGCCCGAGCAGAGAGGUCGGUGACACGUCACAUGACGGGG